ACGGCAUCCACCAAAAAUCCAGCAGAUACAAUCAUAAUAAUCUCACACCAUGGCCGCAGCUAAUACGGCCAAGCAAGUCAUUCGACGAGCACAGCUUUACGUCCCCGGCUCCUCGAUGCGCUUCCUCGAAAAAUCCCGUUCCAUCGCCUCCAUCGACAGCAUCGCCUACGAUCUCGAAGACAGCGUAACGCCCAGCAAAAAAGCCUCCAGUCGGCAAAACAUUCUCAACAUUUUAAACCGCGAUCGCGUCCCAGGGAUUCGUGAACAAGCCGUGAGAAUCAAUUCCGUAGAUUCGGGUUAUGCAUUGGAUGAUCUCUUGACAAUUUUGCAAGCGAAACAUCUCGAUUGUAUUGUUGUGCCGAAAGUGGAUGCGCCCAAGGAUUUGCUUUUUGUGAUGGAUGUUUUGAGGCAUGUUCUUCCGGAGAGACAUUCUUCUCAUCAUGAUGAGUCUGCUGGAGGAGGUGCAGGAACAACAGAAGGAACCAACCCGAUAAAAAUCAUCGCCCUAGUAGAAAGUGCCAAAUCCCUCAUCUCCCUCUCCUCCAUCUGUGAGGCCGGCUCCCCCUAUCUCUCAGGUCUAACCUUCGCCGCCGAAGAUUUCGCUCGCGAUCUCUCCCUAACUCGAACGCCGUCUUUGCAAGAAUUUCUCUUUGCGCGCUCGGCAAUCGUCACUGCGGCGCGCGCGUACAAUUUGCCGAGUGCGUUGGAUUUGGUGAGUACGACUUUUCGCGGAGAGGAGGGCACGAGGCAGAUUCGAGAGGAGAGUGAGGGUGGGAAGAGGUUGGGGUUUAAUGGGAAACAGUGUAUUCAUCCGGAUCAGGUGGGCGUUGUGCAGGAGGUGUAUAGUCCGAGUCGGGAGGAGGUGGAGUGGGCGGUGAGGGUGGUGGUGUGUGAUAAAAAGGCGGAUCAACAGGGGAGAGGGGCGUGGACGUUGGAUGGGAAGAUGAUUGAUGCGCCGGUUUCGGGAAAGGCGAGGGCGAUUGUGGCAAAGGCGGAAUUGUGUGGGUUUGAUGUUGCUGCUUUGCAGGAGAAGUUUAAGGAUGAGGAGCCGCAGUAAUUACCAUCGGUAGCUUUCACUGGGAGGGAUGGGGAAGGGGGUUAUUGCAGGAACAUCACGAACAUGUUUUCAUUUUCAUUUGGAG